GGUUGAUUGACAGCGUAGCAGCCGGAAGUGUGCUCCAGUAGGUCGCGAGCUGUGUUUUUGUGUCGGGCUCGAGGCGCCGGAUUGUCGUUAUGAACAAAAUUUCCAACAUCUUCAAGAGCGGAUCGAGCUCCGGCUCGGGGUCCGGCUCGUCCCGGUCCCGAUCCCACUCCCGGAAACAGGGCCCGAGCCCGCAGGAGGCUCUCCACCGGCUCAGGGAGACCGAGGAGAUGUUGACCAAGAAGCAGGAAUUCCUGGAGAACAGAAUCCAGAGAGAGCUGGAGAUCGCGCGGAGAAGCGGCACCAAGAACAAGAGAGUUGCCCUACAAGCACUCAAACGAAAGAAGCGACUUGAAAAGCAGUUGACACAGAUUGAUGGUACGCUCUCUACAAUUGAAUUCCAGCGAGAAGCAUUGGAAAAUGCAAACACAAACACAGAAGUAUUGAAAUCUAUGGGCUAUGCUGCAAAGGCCAUAAAAGCUGUCCAUGAGCGCAUAGAUUUAGAUAAAAUUGAUGAAAUGAUGCAAGACAUCACAGAACAGCAAGAAAUAGCACAAGAAAUCUCUGAUGCAAUUUCUAACCCAGCAGCAUUUGGCUCAGAAUUCGAUGAGGAUGAAUUGCUGGCAGAAUUAGAAGAGCUGGAAGAAGAAGAAUUAAGUAAGAAGAUGACUAAAGUAUUGCCAAGAGUUCCAACUACCUCCCUCCCAUCCAGACAAGUUAAAUCUAGGAAGAAGACCAGUGAAGAAGAUGACGGUAUGAAACACUUAAAAGCUUGGGCAUCGUAGAAUCAUUCAGAAGAACCAAGAAUAAUAAUGCUAGGGACAUGAAGACUGUCCCACGUGGGGAAGUAACCUUUCAGCAUCUAUCCAGACAAGGCCCGAAGAAUCUUUGAAUUUUUAAUUACUAUUUCUUUGACUAAGCUUUUGACUUUUUAAAAAUUUACUUGUUUCUAUGAUGUGGAUUAAGAUGCUUUAUUCGACAUUAAAGAUGCUGUACAAAUGUGAAAUAAUGAUAAUUUGAGCAUAUGGUACCACGAUACAUUUGUGAUUAUCAUUCAGUUGAGAUGUGAUAGAGAUAUAGUUGGAGCAGUACAAAAGCAAAAAUCACAUAAAACAGAAGUCUUGUCAAGAAUGAAUGUAGGUCAGUCAAAAUAAAGUAUCCAAUCAUAUCCAUAUCACAAUAAAAAGCUUGUGUCUGUACACCUAUCCUAGAUACCUAUAUUGUGAAAGUUCGUAAGUCUACAUUUAGAAUAUAGAUUGCCUCUAUUAUAAGUUUAAAAAUGUUUGAGUUUCCACAGAAAAACUCAAAAUGAGGCGGCAUGGUGGCUCACUGGUUAGCACUGCAGCCUCAUAGCACCAGGGACCUGGGUUCGAUUUUACCCUCGGGUGACUGUCCUGUGUGGGUUUCCUCCAGGUGCUCCGGUUUCCUCCCACAGUCCAAAGAUGUGCAGGCUAGGUGGAUUGGCCAAGCUAAAUUUGUGUCCAGGGAAGUGUAGAUUAUGGGGGGGAUGGGUCUAGGUGGGAUGCUCUGAGGUUCGGUGUGGACUUGUUAGGUCAAAGGGCCUGUUUCCACACUGUAGGGAUUCUAUGAAAAAAAAACUUCCUUUCCACUGAAACCUCAGCAAAGAGUACCGUAGUCCUGGGCUUUUCCAUAGAUGAGUGGCAGAACCACUGCAGAACUUGGAGAUAUUACCCAGUAAUUGCAUACGUAAUACAAGGGCAACAUGCAGGAGAAACCAAACAUGCCCACAGUAUGAACAGUACAGCUUUCGAAGUUCAUAGAGUGUGCCUUUCAGAGAUUUACUGAGUCAACUGCUUCACCCAAUGUCCCAUACGAAGUUACAGAUUUUGGCUAUUUUGUAUAUGGAAAUUACUGAAAUUCUAGGCCACUACACUGUUGUAAUUGCAUUUUUAAAAUGUAAUAAAGCACAAAUACCUGUAAUACAGAAAUAUGACACUAGCUUGAUAACAACAAGAAAAGUUAAAUGAAGCCUUUCCUUGCACUUUUUAUUUUCUAUUGCAUUGCAAGCUUUCAAAUUACUUUAUUUUAUUUUUGAGAAGAUGAUGGAGUUGACUAACUAUUUGAUAUGCUAUAUUUAGAUUUUUUUAAGCUACUUGAUUUUCCUUUUGGGCAAAAUAACGAGAUAUAAAAUGGGGGACAAAAUAAAAUUUAGAUCUGAAAUUUUGCUUUCAGUGGAAAAUCUGAUUGAACACAAUUUUAUAUUAUGGUUGAGAUGUAUUCAAGCAAUUAAGUCUUAUUUAAAAAAAAUCCAAUAUCAUUAGUACCAUUGACACUAACUGUAGAGGUUAAGUUUUAAAUAGAACCUGUGUGGAUUUUAUAUAUUUUGGUUUACCUGUAUCAUUGUUCACUGAAGAUAAAUGCACCUAUUGAAGCCAACCAAUAGAAAGUGAUGUCUAAGAACAUUUUGUAAAUAAAAGUACUUAAUUUCCAUAUCA